CGUCGGGUUGGGCGGCGGCGGCGGCGGCGGCGGCGGCGGCGGCGGUCGGGAACCCGGCCUGAGCCUCGGAGCGAGUGGCGUGACUCCGGCCGUGGUCACCAUGUCCGCGCCGUCCGAGGAGGAGGAGUACGCGCGGCUAGUGAUGGAGGCGCAGCCGGAGUGGCUGCGCGCGGAGGUGAAGCGGCUGUCGCACGAGCUGGCCGAGACCACGCGUGAGAAGAUCCAGGCGGCCGAGUACGGGCUGGCAGUGCUCGAGGAGAAGCACCAACUCAAACUGCAGUUCGAGGAGCUCGAGGUGGACUACGAAGCCAUCCGCAGCGAGAUGGAACAGCUCAAGGAGGCGUUUGGACAGGCCCACACGAACCAUAAGAAGGUGGCUGCGGACGGCGAGAGCCGGGAGGAGAGUCUGAUCCAGGAGUCAGCUUCCAAGGAGCAGUACUAUGUGCGCAAGGUGCUGGAGCUGCAGACAGAGCUGAAGCAGCUGCGCAACGUGCUUGCCAACACACAGUCAGAGAACGAGCGCCUGGCCUCAGUGGCCCAGGAGCUGAAGGAGAUCAACCAAAAUGUAGAGAUUCAACGUGGCCGCCUGCGGGAUGACAUCAAGGAGUACAAGUUCCGGGAGGCCCGUCUGCUGCAGGACUACUCGGAGUUGGAGGAGGAGAACAUCAGUCUGCAAAAGCAGGUGUCUGUGCUCAGGCAGAACCAGGUGGAGUUUGAGGGCCUCAAGCAUGAGAUCAAGCGUCUGGAGGAGGAGACCGAAUAUCUCAACAGCCAGCUGGAGGACGCCAUUCGGCUCAAGGAGAUCUCGGAGCGGCAGCUGGAGGAGGCGCUGGAGACGCUGAAGACAGAGCGGGAGCAGAAGAACAGUCUGCGCAAGGAGCUGUCGCACUACAUGAGCAUCAAUGACUCCCUCUACACCAGCCACCUGCACGUCUCCCUGGACGGCCUUAAGCUCGGUGAUGACGCCGAAGCCCUGGCCAAUGGCUUCGAGCACGGUGGCCUGGCCAAGCUGCCGCUGGACAACAAGACCUCCACGCCCACCAAGGACGGCCUUGCUCCACCUUCCCCCAGCCUCGUUUCUGACCUCCUCAGUGAGCUCAACAUCUCUGAGAUCCAGAAGCUUAAGCAGCAGCUAAUGCAGAUGGAGCGGGAGAAGGUGGGCCUGCUGGCAACGCUGCAGGACACACAGAAGCAGCUGGAGCAGGCCCGAGGGGCCCUGUCGGAGCAGCAGGAGGAGGUGAGCCGCCUCACAGAGAACCUGAGUGCUCUGCGGCGCCUGCAGGCCAGCAAGGAGCGGCGGACGGCCCUGGACAGUGAGAAGGAGCGAGACAGCCAUGAGGAUGGUGACUACUAUGAGGUGGACAUCAAUGGGCCUGAGAUCCUGGCCUGCAAGUACCGUGUGGCCCUGGCAGAGGCUGGGGAGCUUCGGGAGCAGCUGAAGGCCCUGCGCAGUGCACACGAGGCCAGCGAGGCCCAGCACACCGAGGAGAAGGGCCGGCAUGAGGCCGAAAGCCAGGCGCUCACUGAGAAGGUCUCCCUGUUGGAGAAGGCCAGCCGCCAGGACCGCGAGCUCCUGUCCCGGCUGCAGAUGGAGCUGAAGAAGGUGAGCGACGUCGCAGGCGAGACACAAGGCAGCCUGAGCGUGGCCCAGGACGAGCUGGUGACCUUCAGUGAGGAGCUGGCCAACCUCUACCACCACGUGUGCAUGUGCAACAACGAGACGCCCACCCGUGUGGUGCUGGACUACUACCGAGAGGGCCCGGCUGGCGCCGGCAGCUGCAGCCCUGAGGCCCGCGGGCGUCGCUCACCUGUCCUGCCCAAGGGGCCGCCUGCCGCAGAGGGUAGGGCCAGGGACAGCAGCCCCUCACCUGGCUCCUCACUGCCCUCGCCCCUGAGUGACCCACGCCGGGAGCCCAUGAACAUCUACAACCUGAUCGCCAUCAUCCGUGACCAGAUCAGGCACCUGCAGGCAGCCGUGGACCGCACCACAGAGCUGUCGCGGCAGCGCCUGGCCUCACAGGAGCUGGGCCCAGCUGCGGACAAGGACCGGGAGGCACUCAUGGAGGAGAUCCUGAAGCUGAAGUCGCUGCUCAGCACCAAGCGGGAGCAGAUCACCACGCUGCGCACGGUGCUCAAGGCCAACAAGCAGACGGCAGAGGUGGCCCUCGCCAACCUAAAGAGCAAGUACGAGAACGAGAAGGCCAUGGUGACCGAGACCAUGAUGAAGCUGCGCAAUGAGCUCAAGGCCCUCAAGGAGGACGCGGCCACCUUCUCCUCACUGCGUGCCAUGUUCGCCACCAGGUGUGACGAGUACAUCACACAGUUGGAUGAGAUGCAGCGGCAGCUGGCAGCUGCUGAGGACGAGAAGAAGACACUCAACUCGCUGCUGCGCAUGGCCAUCCAGCAGAAGCUGGCGCUGACCCAGCGGCUGGAGCUGCUUGAGCUGGACCAUGAGCAGACCCGGCGAAGCCGCGCCAAGGCCACCCCCAAGGCCAAGCCUGGCACCCCGAGCCUGUAGAGUAGCUGCUGGGAGGACUCGGCCGCCGGCCCUGUCACACUGCAGCCCCCUCCCCUCCUCUCCCAUGGGCCCACGCAGAGGAAGGAAGGGCAGCCUAAAAGUCCACUUAGAAACAUUUUUGGAUAUGCUACUGCAAUUCUUUUCAAAAUAGCAUUCCCCAAGUUAUUAAUGGCAGAGGAAAUAAAAGCUUUAAUGUUGAGAAUGCCACCAGCUGCUGCUUGGAAAGGCCUUUGUACAGGCGCUGAAGAACCUGCUUGGACAGCGACCACCAGGCUUGCUUAGGAACCCUCUAGAAACACUCACCACUGGGGUCUCCCUAUUACAGAUACUCCUUUUUUACCCAAUCCACCUGUGCACUUUUGAUAUUUUGAUAUUAUAUUUGCUUCCUUCAUCCCUGGCGUAGAGACCGUCUCAGAUGCCGUAGUCUGUCUCGUGGUCCUGUAGCUCCCAACGGUGUGUUGAUCUGAUAUCAGCACAUGGCACAGAUGUGUCCUCUCUAGCGUGUAGCUCUAGACUGUUUAGGUGAAGGCUUCAACUUGGUAAGGAGCCCGGCUAAAUGUAUCCACGCUGUGGUUCAGCAGCCUUUUAAUUAUACGGCAUUGUGGUUCAUGUUUGAAAUUACAGAUUUUAAAUGCCAUGUUCAUUAAGAAAUCCAGGGUAUUCGGAUUCUGGGGUUUUUCAUAUUGUAUUAUUAUUAUUCUUAGGAAUAGUUCAAUGUAACAAGAAGAAAACUUGACCUUUGCUCUGGUUAAACAGUAAAAGGCACUUGAAAACAAAAAGAUAAAUUAUUGAAUGAGUAGUAUUACCUACAAAUUCCAGAGUUUUCUGGGUUUUAGGACAUUGUGAAGCAUGACUGAUUAACAGAAUUUUAUACAACUGUACCAGUGAAAUUCCAAAUUGGAAUUGUUUUGUUACUCCGGUGGUUGUGCCAAAUUGUGGUACACUUAGAAAAUUCUACAGUCGUCGAUUUUUAGGGUGUUAUAUUUCAACGCCUUUUUGUUAGUAAUCAUUGCCAGUAGUGCCUUCAUCAGUUUAGGGAGGUGUCCCAGCGUAGUUUAUUCUCUAAAAUGGACAGUGAAGAGCUAGUUGGGAAUGUUGAAGGCCAGUGUGGACCAAUCAGUGUGAACAGGUGCACACCUUCUAACCUGACCCUGGGCAUCUUCAUUGAGGGAAAGAAAACAGCAAUUGUGCAAAAUUCUGUUAGUCAGUGAUUCUUUACUGUGCAGAUCCUUGCAAAUUCAGGGGCUGAGAAAACGAAAGUGAACACAAACCUUGAGUGUGCUUUGGGAACCAAAUGGACUUUAUGGGACAAGCUAAGCAAGCUAUGUGAACAACACGCCACGUUUGUGAAGAGUGGGGCGGGUGGCAGGGGAGCCGGCACCGUCUGCCUCGUGCAUUGGGGUGAGGGCUAGCCAUAGUAUUCUUUGCAAAUGUGAGAGAGAGACAUUAUAUAUUCUCUUGCUUGGUGUAACUAAUCACUGUUAAUUUCAGGAAACAGAAGUCACUAAAGCUCCUUAGCAAACCAGAUCUAUGUCCUGUCCUGAUUUGCUGAGUGAGGUUGUGCAAGUGGUCAAAUUGGUACUCGAGGAGGAGGAAGAAGAAAAAGUGUCCUCUCUCCUCCAAAAUACAGGACAAAUUAUAAUAAUAUAAGUAGCAAGAAUAGAAGAAUUCUGUUUCCUGGAAUAAGCAUUUUUAUUCCUAGUUGUAGGGACCCCUAUUUUUACCUUCUCUUACAGUGUUGAUUCAUAAGAAAUAAUGUUACAUUUACAAAAACUUCAUCUGUACAGGGUAUUUAUUUGCAAUGAUGUCUGUGUACUGUAUUUUUUCUGUGCAUUACCUUAGUGUCAGAAUGUUGUCUUUAUUUUAAGAUCAUAUGCAUGUUCUCCUGCCAAGGAACCUUUACACAGACCCAAACAAACAAAAAUGCCUUCAGAUUCUGAGAAAAUGAGGCACAGCAUGGAAAAGGAAUAGGAAGGAGAAAUCAGUCACAACUUGGGACACAGAAAUAUGGCGCAAAUGUCUGUAAAGCCAGUGCACAUAGGAACAGUGGGCCUGGGUAAAGGGUCACGUUGGUAGGACCAGUAAAUAAAGAAUAAUAAAAAGACAAA